AAAAAAAACAUCUAUCAUAUCACUCUCUCUAGCGUAUUAUUAUACAUCAUUUCUCUGUCGAGCCUCUCAAACCUUUGAGAUCUGUCAUAACUCUGAACAGCUCGUACCUUUCUCUAGACAAAACAAAAAGCUCGCACUUUUGAACAAUUUCACUGUCUUGCGUUCGAAAAUGGGAGGAGCAGGUGGAAGCAGCAAAUCUUGGGAGAAAGAGAUUUACUGGACCCAUUUUCAGUUCAUUCAUUUCAUCCAAUUUCUUCAAACCACCACCGAUUUUCAACAACAACUUGCCCUUCCGAAAACAUUUUCAGACAAUUUAAAGAAGAAGUUGCCAGGCAACGUGACCCUUAAAGGUCCUAGUGGAGUUGUGUGGAAUGUUGGGCUGACAGCUAGAGAUGAUACCAUUUACUUCACGAAUGGAUGGCAAAGAUUCGUGAAAGAUCACUCUUUGAAAGAGAAUGAUUUCCUUGUCUUUAAGUACAAUGGGGAGUCACUCUUUGAAGUUUUAAUCUUUCAUGGAGAUAGUUUCUGUGAGAAGGCAGCUUCUUAUUUUGUUGGAAAAUGUGGACAAGCUCAUACUGAACAAGUGUGUAACAAGGGAAAAAGCUCCAAUAAUUCUGUUGAAGAAGUCAGUACUCCUUCUAAUGGCAGUGUUGAAUGCAGUUUGCCUGAAAAAUCAUGGGAGGAAGACAUUUACUGGACCCAUUUUCAGUUCAUCCAUUUCACCCAACUUCUUCCCGAAGAUUUUAAGCAACAACUUGCACUUCCUAAAACAUUUUCAGACAAUUUAAAUAAGAAGUUGCCAGAAAAUGUGACCCUUAAAGGUCCCGGUGGUGUUGCAUGGAAAAUAGGGCUCAUAACUAGAGACGAUACUGUUUACUUCCUGAACGGUUGGCAACGAUUCGUGAACGAUCACUCUUUGAAAGAUAAUGAUUUCCUUGUCUUUAAUUACAAUGGUGAGUCACACUUUGAUGUUUUGAUCUUUGAUGGAGAAAGCUUCUGUGAGAAAGAAGCUUCUUAUUUUGUCGGAAAAUGCAGCCAUACUCAAACUGAACUAGGGGGUAGCAAAGCAAACGAAACAAACAAUUCUAUUGAAGAAGUCAAUACUGCUUCUUCUGAUGGUGGUGUUGAAUGUGGUUUAUAUGAGAAAUUUCAGGAUCUUAACAAUAUAGGAACACCAUUAGCUGUACCUGUUGAAACUACCAAUGAAAAGACUUUUAAUGCUGGUGUUGAAUCUGAUUCCCCUGAGCUGCUCAUAGCUGAUACAGUCACUAAGACCACAGCUAUACAGUUUCCCUACCAACCAACCGGCAAAAGGAGCAAGAGGAGAAGAUCAUCGACAUCAGCUAAUUGUUGUUGGAGAGCACUUGACCGGGUGGCUUAUAACAAGCAACACUCAGUCACUAUAGCGGUUCCCUCCCAAACAACCGGCCAAAAGACCAAGAAGCCUGUUAAUGAAGUUACACCUGGCCGGAGUAUGAAGCGGGGAAGACAAGCAAAAACAGCUACUUCUGGUGAGAGAUCAAUUGAUUGGGUGGCUUGUAACAAGGAAAACUCAGAGGCAGCCAACCUGAAUAGAAGUGGGAAGGCAGAUGGCCAUGAUAUUCUCAGUGGAGCUUCACUGUCAAAGUUAUCACCACAUGCUGAGAAAGAGAUAGCCCAAUCAUUUACCUCCUCUUUUCCAUAUUUUGUUAAAAUAAUGAAAACAUUCAAUGUUGAACGUCCACGUAUUCUGAAUAUUCCAUAUGAAUUUUCGAAGGAUCAUCUUCCAAACUGCAAGAUAAAGAUUACUCUUCAUAAUUUGAAGGGAGAACAGUGGACCGUCAAUUCUGUUCCUAGAACUAGAUUGCAUGCAAGUCACAUUCUAUGCGGAGGAUGGUUGAAUUUUGUUCGUGGCAAUAGCCUAAAGAUUGGAGAUGUCUGUAUUUUCGAACUUAUAGGUGAGUGUGAAUUACGUGUUCGCAUCAAUGAGGUUGGAAAAGAUGGGUUAGACUCCCAGGUUGGAAAACUAGCUUGUAGACUUGAUGUCGCUAGCCAUAAGACUUCCAGAUUUAUGCCGAAGAAACAUAAAAUCAGCUCAAAGUGCUGUGCGGAAGUUGAUCUAUUAGAUAAAAAGUUGUCAGAGAUUUGCCAAGAAGCUGCUUUAUCCUCUGAGUUAAAGAAAUCCGUUAGAGCUUCAAAUACUUCAAAGAAGGCAGGGCUUUCCCCCAAGUCAAAAGCUUCCCAUAAAAAGCCGGCUGUUCCGAGGAAACACCGCAUUGAAGAUGCACUAAGCUCCCAGGCUAAUGAUAGUUUGAAAAUGUUGUUUGCACUCGACGAACAAAGAGUAGCUGAAGCUUUCACUUCCCCAUUUCCUUAUUUUGUGAAAAUCAUGAAGAAGUUCAAUGUUUGUGGAUCAUACACUUUGAAAAUCCCAUGCCAGUUCUCUACUGCACAUCUCCCUGCUCGCAAUACAGAAGUUACGCUUCGCAAUUCAAGAGGAAAAUGUUGGACUGUGAACUCCGUCCCAUAUGUUCAAGGGGAAACGACUAUUCACACAUUUUGUGGGGGAUGGAAUGCCUUUGUUCGUGAUAAUGACAUCAAUUUUGGUGAUACUUGUAUUUUUGAGCUCGUUUCUGAUUAUAUCAUGCAAGUUCGUAUAUCUGGGGUUGGAAAGGAAGGUCUUGAUCAUCAAAACGGGAAUGUGAAACUUACUAGCUAGUAAUGUCCCAUACCUGCUAAUGUUCAUGUUUGUGAGAAAGAUAAAUCAAUCUUCAAUGAAGAUGUUUAUUUUGUGGUAAGAAUCUCAAAAGACUUGAUGCAUUUUAUGCAUGUCAGUAAAUUCAUGUUGUCUCUUAGAAUGUAUUUAACUAUCUAUAUUUAUUAUGACAUUGAUUUUUAGUUCAUAUCAUUGUCUAUAACAUCCAGUAGGCUCGAGAAAUGUUGAUCUUGAAUGGGUAAAAUUACAUUUUGAUUUUUGA